AUGCUGCGUAACACGGGCCAGAUAGGUCCAGGUAAUGUGUCUCGCUUUGCUCAAGAGAAAUACAACUUUUUUCCUGUCCUCGAAUCAGCAGCAAUCGCACCCGAACAGCCGACAUCAAUUGGACCCAUUUUGGAUCCUGAGAAGAUUGAUGAGCCUUUGGCCGGAUAUUCUGAGACUACUCACAGCAGUGUCUUUGGACCACAUACAUCAUUGGACAGUGAGACAUCGAUACCAGCAUUGCCUCAAGGUUUCAACGAUCGCUAUCUGUAUCCUUCGCUUUGCAAAAAUGAGCAUAUGCGACUCACGAUGUUGUGGUAUUAUACAAGAGGUCUUCAGGAGGAUGCCGAACUACUUCAGAAAUUGUCUCAAAUACUGGAGAUGGUCAAGCAAUUCUUGGGUGGUUGGGAAAUUGGGAUCAUCGGCAUCGUCGAAGCUGAAACCUUUUCCCGUAUUGUUACCACGAACAUGUCAUUGGCUAUGAUACCACGCCGGGAGAGCCCCUGCUCCCACACGAUAAACCAGCAUCCGGGAACAGUCUUCACGGUCAGAGACAUGUUGGAGGAUUGGCGAUUCAAAUUCUCACCACCUGCUGAAUAUGGUGGACUGAGGUCCUACGCUGGUACCCAAGUAUUGUUGACUCGACACGAUGGCGAAACCGUCAAUUUUGGUUCCCUUUGUCUUGCCAGCCGUAGUGUUCAAGCUCCUUUAGACGACAGCCAAAAGCGCAGCCUGAUCCGAGCCGCAAACAUGGUUAGCGGAGAAUUGGUGUCAAGGUGUAGAUUACGCCGCUUGAAAGAGCGACAGGUUAUGAUGGACGUGCUAAACCGACUUCGUUCCGAUGUCCACCAGGGCAACAUUGAAGCAUCCACAAUCGAGGCUCUAGCACAACAAUACCCAGAUUCUGAGGUCAGUAUCGUUCACUUGCGGAAUAACGAAUUUGAUCUUCCAUCAGCAAUCAAGGUAACGCUCGAAUCUGUUGAAGGUGGGUUUUGGGAGGAUGACGCUUUCGUCAAGAGCAAAAUCGAAGCUGCACGAUGCUCGUAUGAACCGUGCGAUCGCCCAGUACGCGCUGUCAUUGGUCAGAUCACACCCAAUGACCAGCUUUUGAUUGUAUCUACCUACAACAUACGCUAUAUAUUCGACGACCUCGAUGUGUGGUUUACCGAGCAGGCAGCAUCUAUCAUUCAUGAUGUUCAGCAAGCACGCUACCUCAAAGAAGCACUGGCCGCUAAGGAACGCUUCUUGUCCUCCAUAAGACACGAGCUGAGGACGCCUAUUCACGGAAUACUUAGCAGCGUCGAGCUGUUGGGCGACGAGCUUCGGGCACGGAACCUGCUGACCGGCGUUACUUCUCAACAAGAGGCACCUCUGGACUCUUUCCUGAAGACAAUUCGCUCUUCUGGAACCGAGUUGAUGACAACUGUGAACAACAUACUUCGACUCAAUGCAAUUUCGGGUCACAGUCUGGAUACGUCUGCAGUAGACUCAGUAUACGACCUACGAUGUAUCGAAGCCGACCUGCUGGACGAGACAUUGGGUAAUUACUCCGAAGAGGCACUUAUGGGCUUAUCCAUACGAUUUGAAAGCUCUCUUGCUGGUUCCACUAUCGUUGGCAUCGACUGGGAAAUGGUCAAAGAAAUAUUGAAAGCGCUACUCUUCAACAGCGUUGCUGCAACUCAGGUUGGCAGCAUUAUCGUUACAACAACCUCGACCACAACCGACAACUUACUGACUUUUGAUGUUACCGAUACUGGACUUGGCAUUGCAGAAAGAGACCACGAUAGGAUUUUUGUGGCAUUCGAAAAAUUACAAGAAUACUCUAAAGGUGCCGGACUCGGUCUGAGUCUCGCAAGUCUUAUGGCGUCCGCAUUGAAGGGAAAGCUGUAUCUUGUCUCGUCUCAGGAAGGAGUCGGCUCUCGUUUCCGCCUGGAGAUACCCUAUGUUGAGGUUGACACUGCUGCCAGGCCAACCAUGCCAGUGCGCCACGCAACACGCAAGACCCGCCAUGUCCCACAUACCUUUCACAUCAUGAAAGGACCAUCGAAGAAUCUCCAUCUGCUCUCUCAUCUGGAGGAAUACCUGAAGUCUUGUGGUUUGGAGAAGAGCGACGUAGCCGAGGGAUCUUUGAUCAUCUUGAGCGAACCAAACCCUUUAACUGGCUAUGACGACUGCCCUAUACACCUACUUGAGAAUCCCCAUCCUGUCUUCAUCGUGAAGUCUGCUCCUACUGACGACCACUUGCGAGCUUGUCUGCUGGACGCCCUGAAACCACACCACAUAUCUAUCCUCACCGGCCCCUUCUUCGCAGCUCGGCUCGACGACAUCCUUGCCGAAGCCGAUGAAGCUAUCGCAAAGCAUGAACGGCCCGACCCUACACCCCAGCCACUCAUCCAUUCACCAGAUGCUCAGCCUCGCUCCAACAGCAACGCAAGCACAGAUACCAAUUCUUGCGAAGCAACACCACCACCGACCCCAAUCGUCGAGUUAGAGAGAUUAGUCAUCAGUACCCCAGCUCCUCCGACGCCAAAACCUAUCAAAGUCCUCCUAGUCGACGACAACAAUGUCAAUCUCUCCGUCCUGCAGUUCUUCUGCAAAAAAAGAAAAUUCGAGUUUGGCUCGGCAGUGAACGGUAACCAAGCCGUCGAUUUGUUCCGUUCAAUGAUCAAGCGGCAGACAUUCACGUUAAUCCUGAUGGAUCUGCAGAUGCCUGAGUGCGAUGGGAUCUCGGCGACUAAGCAGAUUCGCGCACUUGAACAACAGGAAUGCCUUCCGAGGUCGAUUAUCUUCAUGAUUACAGGACAGGAUUCUGUGGCUGACAGGAAAGCGAGUUUCGAAGCGGGCGUUGAUGAAUUUUUCUGCAAACCAGUGAGUAUGAAGAGAUUGAGUCAGGCUAUUUCGCAAUGGUUUCCCGAGGCUGCUGUGUCGUGA